CCACAGGAUGAAGGAUUUUGUUCUGUGCGGAAGUAUUUUCGCUCCGCUUGCGUAGCGCAUUUACAGAUGAUCCCUGACUGGGACCGUUGGCGAGCGUUCACAAAAACCGGGCUUUGCGCUAAAUGCGCAGUAGUAGAUGUAUAGAUAAGUUAGUAAACAUUUUAAACCAGAGCAUGAACAAGAAAUCGUUGCUAAACUUCCAAACACCGUGGAUAUGCGCAUAGAUUGCGCAUAAAUACACAGCACGUGGAAAUUUCUUCCCUGCUGAGGCACAUUUGCACCCAGCAGUCACAUUAAUACUUCAGGAAACAGAAGCGUUCUUUUCCAGCAGAUGAACUUCCUCACUUUCUGUCAGUCGGCAGUCAGUGACAGCGGCCUGUAAAAGCACGUCGACAUGCCGUCGCUUAAAGACUCGCUUGAAUCCGGACUGGACUUCAUUGAAUUUCUGGGAGACAGGGUAUCCAGCAUCAGCAAAAAGGAACUUAAAGACAUCUAUAACUCCAAAUUCAGGGGCAGAGAAGGAAUAAAAGAUCCCAACUUUUCCAAUGUUUUCUUUGCGCUUGUGAAAUUCAACAAAGCCCAGAUAAGGCAGGGACAAGUCUACAUUAAUGCCAGACCUCAGGUUCGAGUGUACUGUGACCAAUGGAGGAGGCCCCGGGCCCCUCAGCCACAGAAUCUGGGCUCUGGCCCUCAGACGCCAGCUGGGACACCUGCUGGCUCCUCCACCCCUGUGGCACCUGUGCUGACCCCAAAGAAAAAACUUGCAUCAGAAAUCCUUCGCAAGUUGAAGGUGAACAGGAAAGAGCUCACGGCUGAUAAGGGCGGCAUCGAGAUCACAUCAGACCCCGUGGAGAGCGGUGGGAAGGUUCAGUUCGCUGUGGAUCGCCUGCGAGAGCCGUUCGUUGUCAGGUUCCACAUUGUCAAUAAAGGCACUGACUGCAUCCACUUGACGUACUACACUGCCCUGCACAGGAUCCGCUGUUUCACUCUAGAGGAUGAGAGGAGAGUGACCAGAGCAUCUCCGCUGUUCCUCUGUCCUGGAGAGAGCUAUGAAGUUAAGGUUAAGUACAUUCUGAACCACUAUGGAUAUUUCCCUGCCACAAUGUAUUUCGAGUUCUGCCCAGAUUUGCCUGGAUCGGUGCCCUUCUGCAUUGUCAGGGAGAUAGAAGCUGCAGCCCAGACUCCACUGGCUGUGGAGCUAGGGCCUGUGGCUCCUUAUAAACCAUUUCGGGUGGCUGCUUACAAGCCUGUUGACACCAUUAUAGUAGAUGGAGUACCACCUGACAGUUCUGUUGUGCCUUUGAAGAUGGCAGUGAAAUUAGGAGACUACAAGUAUCAUAAUGACCUGAAGGAUUUGGCUAAACGAAGGAUGGAAGACUCCGAGUACCUCUCUCCAACUGCCAAACAGAAACUUGCAUCAGUGAAGGGUCUCCUCAGUUGUCCCUUAAAGAUGAAGAACUACUCGCAUCGGUUUCACCUCCUGCUGCACCUUGAAGAGAUACAGAUGGAGGUUGACAUCCGAAAGUAUGAUCUCCACAAUCAAACCAUGACCGAAGACCAAGGCAACAAAAAACUCCUGAAACUCAGAGUUCCUGGUGUCGCUGAGAAUCGGCCAUCUGUGCUUCGAGGAGAUUGUCUGAGAGUAUCCAAAUCUGAGGACACCGUCCAGCCCAUUACUGUGUAUACCGGAUAUGUUCACAGAGUAGAACUGGACAGUGUGAAGCUGGGUUUCUCAAAAAAGUUGUUGCAGCUCUUUAUCAGCAAUAUGAAGUUUAAUGUGGAGUUUACUCUCAACCGGUACCCUUUGAAGCUACAACACAGGGCUGUGGACCUGGCAGUAAAACAUCAACUUGAGGAGGUGCUGUUUCCAUCGGGUGCAGCAGUGGCUAGUGUGCCCAUGCCCAAACUCAGGAUGUUUAAUCGACAGCUGGAAAACAACCCGGAGCAACAUGCUGCAGUCCAACGCAUUGUAGCUGGAUCAUCGAAACCGGCUCCUCAUCUUGUUUUUGGGCCUCCUGGAACUGGAAAGACAAUCACUGUGGUUGAAGCAAUCAAUCAGGUCAGCAAGGCAGAUCCAUCAGCACACAUCCUCGCCUGUGCACCUUCAAACAGUGCAUGCGACCUGCUCUGUGAAAGACUAAAAGUAAACAUGGAUUCUCAUCAGAUUUACCGCGUGUACGCCAACAGCCGAGACCCAAACAGCGUCCCCAAGAGUCUCCUGAAAUACUGUAACUGGGACAAGACCAAAGACAGCUUUGUGCCUCCACAGAAAGAGGUUACGAUGAAGUACAAAGUCGUAGUUACAACUAUGGUCACAGCUGGCAGGCUUGUGUCUGGAGGGAUCCCAGUUGGCCAUUUUUCGCAUGUGUUUGUGGAUGAGGGAGGCCAAGCUGUAGAGCCAGAGUGUGUCAUUGCUAUUGCAGGUCUGCUCGAUGCAGAGAAAGGUCAGCUGGUGCUGGCAGGAGAUCCUAAGCAGCUGGGACCAAUCCUUCGAUCUCCUUUUGCAAUAGAACAUGGACUCGGGCUUUCUCUACUGGAGAGGCUGAUGAGACAUAAUUCGUUAUAUCAGAAAAAUACAGACGGGCAUUUUGACACUCGCUUUGUCACCAAACUGCUGCGAAACUACAGGUCACACAGUGCCAUUCUGAAAAUCCCCAAUGAGUUGUUCUAUGAAAAUGAACUGCAGGUGUUUGCUGACCAAUGGGAGCGUGAGACCUAUUGCAACUGGGAAUACCUCCCGAAGAAGGGUUUUCCAGUGAUCUUUCAUGGAGUGAUGGGCAAAGAUGAGAGAGAGGCGAACAGUCCGUCUUUCUUCAACGUGUCUGAGAUUGAAGUCCUGAUCGACUACCUCACCAAACUGAUGGAAACGCAAGGAAAGAAGGGUCUCCCCAAACUGUCUGCAACAGACAUCGGAAUAAUCGCCCCCUACAGAAAACAAGUUGAGAAAAUCCAGAAGGCCCUGAGACUUGUCCCAGCACUGAGUCGCUGGAGUGAUCUCAAAGAGCUGAAGGUCGGCUCUGUGGAGGAGUUUCAGGGACAAGAGAGGAAGAUCAUUAUGGUCUCCACCGUCCGUAGCAGCAUCAACUAUGUCAAGAUGGACACAGACUUCAAUAUUGGAUUCCUGUCAAAUGAAAAAAGGUUCAACGUAGCCUUGACGAGAGCCAGGUCCCUGCUUAUAGUGGUGGGAAACCCUGUGAUCCUCAAGAAGGACCCAACAUGGGAGAAGUUCAUCAGCUACUGUGUGAAGGAGAAGGGCUACACUGGAUUUGACUUCAGCGACGCGGAAGGGGAAGAUGAUAUUGUGUCUAGACUGGCGACGCUGAAAAUCAGCAUGGAUUCUGAAUGUCCUGUUCCAGAGGAGAGUGCCAUUCAGCAGUUUGUGGACCCUGGGUGGAAAAAUGAGCAUUAACAUUUCCUCUAAAUUUGGACAUAGCGUCUGCGAUAGAUAGAUAGAUUUAAAGCCAUAGCAAGUGUCAGUCUUUUAUUUUAUUCUCUCUCUUACUGCCUCUUACUGCUUUAAGACCAUAUCCUUUUUAUGAACCUUUUAAGAGCAGUUUGGAUAUUUAAGUGCAAUAAAUGCUCCUCUGUUUCUAAUCACAAUGGCAAAAUGAAGUAGUGAAUUUUGGCUUUUUACACUUACCUGAUCUGUUUAUUUAGCCCAGUUAACAUAACUAUGGCUGUACAAAUGCUAAAAUUUCCUACGGAUGGGAAAAGAAUGGAAGAUCAUUUUAAUACACUGAUUUAUCACCGUAUGUCUUAUGACUUAUGUCAAUUCAAAACUUUAAAAAAUAAUAAACUGACUUUUUGAUCUGCUGUAUAUUAUA